ACGCGCGGGACCCUCCGCCGAGCACGGCUGGGUGCCUGUCCGCACACGGGACCCAAGGACCCUCUCCACUAUCCGCUCUCUGCCCGUUCCCACAUCCCUGCAUCCUAUCUAUGGCUGAGACCCUCCUUGGCGAGGGCACCCCCCCAGCACAAUCCCCAACUCUCAUUGCCGCUGAGGCUCCUGUCCCCCAGCUCAGACCGUACGGUCCUCUCCAUCCCUGCCUCCACUUUAUGUCAUCUCCACAUCCCAUAGCUGGGACCCCUUCUUCCUGCCGGGACAUCCCCUCCGAGCCCCCAACUCCGCCGGGACCGUAUGACCCUCACCUCCGUUCUCUUCCUCCGCUUUCUUGCAUCCCCAUGUCCCAUAGCCUGAGACCCUCCUCCGCGUGGGGACCUCGAGCGCGAGCCCUCCCACCCCCCAGGCCCCCAUCGCGGCUGAGGCUUGGGUCCGCACCCGGACGGAGGACCCUCUCCUCAGUCGCCUCUCUCCACGUUCCCGCUUCCACUAAUUCCAUAGCACGGGCCCACCUUACUCCCCUCGCAUGGCGGCUGGGUCGUAGGUCCUCCUGAAACCCGCACGACCCUCUAGAUCUCCCUUCACAUUCCCGCACCCCUGUAUCCAAUAGCCUAGUCCCCCAGAGCUGUCGUAAGUCUGGCCACGAUACCCCUCUUCGGGUCCUAACCAAACCCUCCCUUGAGUCUCUGCGAUUGGGACAAGAGCACGGCACCGCCAGCCCCCUCCUCUCGAUCCCGGAUUCUUCCCUGAUCUGAUACUUCUGAGACCAGCGCCACACACAGCCCUGAACCACUGCUGCUCUCUUCUCCGCAGAGGAAGUUGAGCUUCCUGCUGUGCCACUUUGAGAGCGAAGCCCCUUCCCCACCUCCUCUCUUUCCAUAGAAUCAAAAUCAUUGCCUGGACCUAAGGGUCCUCACCCCCAGCUCCACCUUGAGCAGCGCCCUUCACUCUCUUCUGUUCUUUCCUCCUGACUCUUGGACCCCAGACUCACUCCUCACCCGACCUAGUUCCUCAUGCACCCCACCCCCACACCCCCCACACCCCACACCACCGCUCUCCCACCCCCACCCCCGCAGAGUGGAGUGACAUACAGGCAGGAGAAGGUUGGUGGUUCGUGGAGGGGCUUCUGGGGGAUGGGACUGGUCCCAGGGAGUGCCUGCAUAUGUUAUGGGGUUCUGAGAGGAUUUGGGGGUAGUUUUGGGUGUGUGCGUGAGUUCACGUGUGUGUGCCACACACCCCUACAAGUGUCAUGGAACUAGAAACCCUAUCCCCACUUUACUUCCCUUGCUAGAUCUCAGAACCUGUGGGUGUGUCUGGGCAGGAGGGCUUUGGAAAUGGGUGUUUUAGUGCUGCCUUGGGAACUCACAAGCAAGAGAUGCAUGUCGCACACGCACACACACACACACACACACAGAGAGAGAGAGAGAGAGAGAGAGAGAGGGAGGAGAGGGAGAGGGGGAGAGAGAGAGAGAGAGAGAGAGAGAGAGAGAGAGAGAGAGAGAGAGAGAGGUGCACACACACACAGCAGGAUCCAGGCAGAGUCCAGAGUAGAGGUGGCAGCUUGCCCUCUUCCAGAAAAGCCUUGUUCAGCCCCUCCCUCUGCACUUGCUCCUGUGCUGACCGAGCCUCUUUCUGUCCCUGUGAGGUGGGAUAUGGAGUAGAGAGAAAGUGUCACUCAAUUUACCUGGUGUCAUUUGGGGCCACAUCAACCGAGUCGGUUUCGACAGCCAGGCCUCUUGAGGUCAAGGGGUACCCAGAGAGCACACAGUAGUUCCCUUAUCCAGUUGCUUGUGGGCUGCAGGUGAGCAGAGCCAUCUGUUUUUUGUCUGACUUAGCAGGUCCCUGACAGAGCUCCCAGACAGAGUCUGGGAAAACCUGUGGAGCUGGAGGACCGGGACAUGCCCAGGGACCAUCUCAGACCUUACAGUGCUGGGACACCAGCCCCUAGGGUAUUAAAAGGCAAUUCUGAUUCAGUGGCCCAGGGUUGGACAUCAAAUCUUUUUUUAUGAGUUGGGAGGUCUAGCAGACCCCUUGGUCUACCUGCCUGGGUUAUGGUCUGGGCUGAGCAGCUUUUGGAAUUGCCUUGCAAUUAUUAGAACAGCCUAAUGGCCCUGGGCACCCAGCACCCGCCAUGAACUGACUUUAAGGGAUUCAAAUGUCAGCAAAGCAGCAGGUCCCAGGUUAGGAGUGUUUCCCCGUCCCAUCUCUGCUAGUUGCAACCAGAACAUCCCUGCCUGCCUCACCCCCAUCCCAUAAUGACGCCAUGCUUCUCGUGGGCUGAUCUUGUCACCAGGUUUCAAGAUCACCUCCUUCAGAAGGAACCCAGGCAAGCCAGAGCAAGGGGAGGUGGGUCCUGAAAAUGGUGGGAAGGCUUGGAGCUCCCGUGGCCUUCCGAGCACGGCUGGGUGCAGCUGUGCGCUCAGCAUUGGAGGAGUCUAGGGGGAUGAGUGUGCGUACACCUGCAGAGAUGCAUGUGGGGGUGUGUGAGUGUGUAGCACGAGUGUGUGUGUCUGUCAGCAGCCGUGGGCAGGCUGGCGGCGCGGUGGGAAGAGGGAUUGAUAGCUUAUGGAGGAUGGGGAGGGCCUCUGCCUGCUGCAGUCUCUCCAACCUGGGUCCCAGCCUGGAGGUCUCCUGGGGAAGUUUGGGCUUCACCCAAGCUGUUCCUGGGAGAGGGAUCUCAAGCUGGGUUACGAGGCUGCUCAGGGCACCUGCCCAGACUCAUCUCAGGACUGACUCCAGCCCUCCUCUCUCCAGAUUUUCCGCCGUGCGGAUAAAAACGACGACGGGAAACUGUCCCUUGAGGAAUUUCAACUGUUCUUCGCGGAUGGCGUCCUCAAUGAGAAGGAGCUGGAGGGCCUCUUCCACACCAUUGAUUCAGACAACACCAAAUUACUUUGUGGAACACAUGGGAGACUACGAAGAUGUCCUGGCCUCCCUCGAGACUUUGAACCACUCAGUCCUGAAGGCUAUGGGCUACACCAAGAAGGUGUAUGAAGGUGGGAACAACGUGGACCAGUUUGUGACCCGCUUCCUUCUGAAGGAGACGGCCAAUCAGAUCCAGUCGCUGCUCAGCUCUGUGGAAAGCGCCGUGGAAGCCAUCGAAGAACAGACCAGCCAGAUCCGACAGGACCACUGCAAACCUAGUCCUGGCGUCAACGAGAGCCGCUACGGAGGACCCACUCCUCCCUACAUCCCCAACCACAAGCUUGUGGUCCCGGAACCAGUGAAGAGCCUGCCUGUGGCCAUAGGGGAGCCAAAGGAGGAGGGGCUGGAGGUCCAGAUAAGCCGGUUGGCAGAGCUGAUUGGGAGACUGGAGAGCAAGACCCUCUCGUUUGACCUGCAGCAGCGCCUCUCGGAUGAAGAAGGCACCAACAUGUACCUGCAGCUGGUCCGGCAGGAGAUGGCCGUGUGCCCUGAGCAGCUGGGCGAGUUCUUGGAUUCCCUGAGACAGUACCUUCGGAGCACUGCUGAAGAAAGGAACUGCUUCCAUGUGGCCGCGGUGAGGAUGGCAGAUGGGCUAACCUUCGUCAUCUACGAGUUCUGGGAGACAGAGGAGGAGUGGAAGAGGCACCUGCAGAGCCCUGUGUGCAAGGCCUUCCGACAUGUCAAGGUUGACACACUGAGCCAGCCUGAGGCACUCUCCCAGAUCUCCGUGCCAGCUGCCUGGUGCACCUCCGGCCGAGACUGACCCCUCCCAGUUAAGAAGUCCUACUGCUAGUCCCAUGACCCUUCUUGUAAAGGCCAAUACCCUUUUCUAGAUACUUUGGUAAACAGCUGUCUUUUCAAUAUACGUAUAUAUCAAAGGACUUGUAUUUCCCCUGCUGUGGCACAGAGGAGGCCCAUCCCCUGGCGUCCCCACACCUGACUCCACCUGGCAGACUACUCUUGCAACGAUCCUGGCACGCUAGUAGGGGUGGCUUCCCCACCCCAGCCAGCUUCUGGCAUCCCUGAUUCUUAAUAGCUGAGGCCCAGCAGGGCCCACCUCAGGUGGACAGGCCUGCUCCUCUACAUCUGUCCUCUUUGAUGGCCCUCUACCUAGUAGGAGCUGUGACCCUGUAGUACCCAAUCUAGGCUUGGGUAGAGCCCAGGUCCCCAGCACCACACUAGGCCCACAGCCACCAAAUAAAGUCUGGUUAGGAACAGUG